UGUCAACUUGUCAUGUGUGGAAAUAAUUAGAGAGAACUUCUUUAGAGAAAAAACGCCGGUUUUUUGGCUAUAUUUUUCCGGGAAAAAUGUUUUUGGCUGGCGAAGGCGGUCAGCAGACGAGCUGGGUUCGUGAUUUCUUCAACAACGUGCUAAAAUGUGGCGAAAUACCGCGUCACGUAGCGUUUAUCAUGGAUGGAAACAGACGCUUUGCUAAGGAAAGACAGCAACCUCGCGCACAGGGUCACGAGUCUGGAUUUCAAAAGCUCGCGGAGACAUUGCAAUGGUGUUUGGAGUUGGGGAUCUACGAGGUGACUGUGUAUGCAUUCAGUAUUGAAAACUUCAAGAGGUCUAAAGAAGAAGUAGAUCAAUUGAUGGAAUUGACUAAACAGAAAAUUGCUAAAAUUAUGGAAGAAAAAGAAAAGAUAAUGGAUCGUGGGGUUUGCAUCCGAGUGUUGGGUGACCUUACCCUCUUACCUCCAGACACUCGCAAGGCUGUCGCUGAAGUGGUUCGAUUCUCAAAGAACAAUACAAAAUGUUUUUUAAAUGUGUGCCUUGCAUACACAUCAAGACAUGAGAUUACAGAGGCUGUUAAACUUAUGGCUGAAGGAGUAGAGCUUGGAAUAUUAGAACCAAGUGAUGUAACAGAAUCCUUACUAGACAAAACAUUAUACACAAACAAGUCUCCAGACCCAGAUUUAUUAAUACGGACAUCAGGGGAGAUUAGAUUAAGUGAUUUCUUACUUUGGCAGACAUCUCAUACGUGUCUAAUAUUCGAGAAGGCUCUGUGGCCAGCAUUUUCAAUAUGGGAUUUUUAUCAUGCUAUAUUGUGUUACCAAUGGAAUUAUAAUAAACUAAAGAUUAACAAGGAUAAAACUGAACAGUACAAGAUAACAAAAGAACUUGAAUCUCUGAAGAGACAUAUACUACAAAAUGAGGGACAUUCGCGAAAUGUAGAAACCCUGGUUAUAGAAUCAAGAACUCAAAAUGAAUUAGACCAAGCCUUAGAAAGGAGAGAACAAAGACAACAAGCAUUUGCAUCAUUUGUUGAUGAAAGACGAAAAGAAAUCCUUGAGUCAUGCUGCUAGUGUUUUAACCAGACAAACAAUGAAAUUUUUUACCGAAUAAAUUGGGUGUUUUCUGGUUAUGCAAAAUCCAUAUACCCACAAAUUAUUCACAUUAUCCAAUCUGGGAGAUUCAUAUAGAAAGUUAGAUAGAUAAUUUAUUAUUUUACCUUUUGCUUGUUAAAAAUUAAAAUAAAUAUUUAAAUCAGGUAUAAAAAAUAACAUGGCAUCUUUAUA